UGAACGCCGUGAGGAGUGUGGUGGGGGUAGUGGUAAAGUGAAGGGUUGAGAAAGAAUGGAGGGACGGAUUUUGGAUAGUUUUGCCACCCACCCCAGUCUGCUCCUGUGGAGCACGCUGAGCACAGAGAACCAUGGACGCCUGUGAGGUAGGCACCCGUGCGACACCCGUGCGCAGGGUGGUGCCUAUGCCUACCCCGGCGGGCGCUCUCCGCGCGCGGAGGAGCAGCCGAAGCAGCGCAGCUAGCGCAGAGCGCAGCAGUGCGUCGCGUAGCGCCACCCAUAUCCGCGCCAUUGGCCGGCCAUGGGCAUGGGCCAGGCUGGCCGGCGCCAGGGAAGUUCGCGCGAGUGGGGGAAGGACCAGCGGGUCUCGGCGCUGCCUGGGGUGCCCAAGCCCCAAGCUGGCCUCCCGGCUCCCUGUCACUCCGCCACUGCAGCCGCCCGGAGCAGCAGCGACCGCCUGCGACCGACCCGCUCAAGGAGCGUUCCACGACUCCACGUGCUUGCACUGCCUGGCCCGAGGCCUAGCCUCGUGUGGGGCUGAAGCCCCGGCUGAAGCUGAACAGAGACUCGUUUGAUGCCCAGCCGAGUCCGAGCCAUGUGGCUGGUGCGGUCCGUGCUGCUCGCCGUGCUGGUGCUCGCGCACGGCGCGGCUGCUGAGACGGAGGAGGCCUGCGAGACGCUGCCGUCCGAGAUACACAUCGUCAAAGAGGAGUUCGACGAGCUGGGGCGUCUGUCAAGAACCUGCAACGGUGACAUCGCAGUCAACAAAUGUGAAGGCGCAUGCAGCUCGCAGGUCCAGCCCAGCGUCAUCACCCCCACCGGUUUCCUCAAGGAGUGCUAUUGCUGCCGAGAGAGCUUCCUCCGGGAGCGGGUCGUGUCGCUGACCCACUGCUACGACCCAGACGGCGCGCGCCUCACGGCCGAGGGCCGCCACUCCAUGGAGGUGAAGUUGCGCGAGCCCGCGGACUGUCGUUGCGCCAAGUGCGGCGACUACUCACGCUAGGAGCCGGCCCACUGGGCCACUCGAGGGCUGGCUUAGUUUGACUUCCAUCUCUUAAACACAUGAGUUGAGUUCGAAAGGCUAAAGAACCAACCCGCGUGGCGAGGACAGUUCAAAGGAAUGGGGAGAAGGGGCAAUGAGUUCGGCCUAAGCCAAACCCUACCAUUCUGAGCACUCUGUAACUUUCUGUCGAGGAAUCGGUUCAUGCAUGGUUCCAAUAUAUCGAUUCCUUUCUUUAUGGUUUUUUGUUUGUAAAAUACUAAUCCAUGUCACGACCUAACUUCAAUGUAUUAUUGCCAGAAAAUAUGAAUCUCGUUGUGGCAGAAAGUUUGUCGCUUUGUGUGUGCGUGCGCGUGUGUAUAAGCCACCCGGACCAGCUCCUCCCACCCACCCUUUUCUUCCCCUAUUAUCCGGCCUCGCAAUUCCUCUCCAGAAUGAAGAUCAGAGGAGAAUGAGGCUUUCGCACGCCAGGACUCGCCCUUGACCACACAACACAGCCGCAAGACACGAAAUGUGAAAGGAAGAACUGUCUCACGAUUUGUCUUUCCUUAAAAUGAGGGAUGGGGAAAAUGUCGAUUUUAUUUAUGUUCUGUACUUACACAAAACAUCUACUUUGUUAAUUAUUUUGUAUUUAUCAUUUUUUAAACUGUCUGAAUAUAUGUCAUUGGUUUUGUAAUGAUAAAAAUAGACCAGAUGCACAACUGCCUGUAUGUCAACCAUUAUUUGCUGCACAAAAUUUAGUUUUAUGCCAAACAGUUUGGUGUAAAUAUUGUUUUAAACAUUCAAAAAUUGGGUCAGCUUUCUUUGAAUAAAACACGCAUCAUCUUG